AUCGUUUUCUAAAACGCUCUUUUCGUUCUCUCUUCAAUUAGGAGAAAAAAGAAAGGGGGAAAAAGAACAACGAAAUUAGGGUUAGGAUUUUAGCCCUCUUUCUUCUUCGUGUAAAUCUAAUUCAGCAAAGAAUCUCUCUUUUCUUCUUCAAUCGAUAAUAAAUGGCGUCAACGAAGAAGAUCACUUUGAAAAGUUCCGAUGGCGAGGCGUUUGAGGUUGACGAGGCAGUGGCUCUCGAAUCGCAGACGAUCAAGCACAUGAUCGAAGACGAUUGCGCUGACAGUGGAAUUCCUCUUCCAAACGUCACCAGCAAGAUCCUUGCGAAGGUGAUUGAGUAUUGCAAGAAGCACGUCGAUGCUGCUGCUUCCGAGGAGAAGCCAUCCGAGGAGGAUCUCAAGAUGUGGGAUGCUGAAUUCGUUAAGGUCGAUCAGGCCACGCUCUUCGAUCUUAUUCUGGCUGCAAACUACUUGAACAUCAAGAGCCUCUUGGACCUUACUUGCCAGACAGUGGCAGACAUGAUCAAGGGCAAGACUCCGGAGGAGAUUCGCAAGACGUUCAAUAUCAAGAAUGACUUCACGCCGGAGGAGGAGGAGGAGGUCCGCCGCGAAAACCAGUGGGCAUUUGAAUGAUGAUGAUCUGCUGCUUCUCCUGCUGCAUGCUUAGCUUCUCAGAUUGGUGCCCUGUGGUUCCAUUUAUGCUAUAGUUGCUAGUUUUACUUUGAUGGUUUAUCUUGUUUUCCCUAUUUUUGUUAUGUCAAUGUUGGUGACUUGGUGACAAGACUUUCUCUUAUUUGGAUCUUGAAAUUGUAAGUAUUUGGUUAUGGUGGAGGAAUGAUUUGUUUCUGGGUACCAUGUUUUAAUGUUCAA